AUCAUCGUCGACGCCAAGCUGGUGCCCGGCCCCCGGCCCUGCUUCCCCGUCACCAAGCAGUUCACGCAGUACGAGACGGUCGAGAACUACGUGCCCAUCUACAGCACCGCCGUCAGUCCUCUCUACUUCCCUACUACCAUCUACGACACGAAAUACGUCACGCUAACCAACUACGUCACCAAGCUACUGCAGACGACGGUCUACGCCGUCUACACGGAAUAUGAAACGUCGGUGUCGCAGGGCCUGUACUACGAGUCGGUGACGCUGCCCUUGACGAACCCCGAGUACGAGACCCGUACCAACAUCCAGCUGACGGUCGUCCCGUCACUCGUUACGGAGGUCGUCACGCUGACCCGCCCGUCGUCUCAGAUCAUUCCCGUGGACAAGACACAGACGCGAACGCUUGUACUGGUGCCGGAAUUCACCACGACGGAGGUGGUGCCGUACCCCAUCGUUACCACGAACACGAUCGUGGAGACGGUCCGCGUCCCGAUCACCACGACGGUGACGGUCACCGCGGCGCCGCUGCCCGUGCCCAAGAAGCCCGUCGGGCCCAAGGUCACCAAGACGCUCGUGCAGACCAACGUGCACUACACCCCGGCCUACGUCACCAACACGGAGUACGUGACCAAGUAUACCACCGUGACGGAUAGGCAGAGGUACCCCUUCACCGUCACCGUGCCCGGGAAGUGCGGAUACCACUAGGAGGUGGCGAAAUGCGGAGAGGCUUCCCGUAGACUCUAGGUCUACGCUGCGUUUUACUUCCGGGUUGCAACCAUCCGAUCGGUUGCGCUGGCCGCUCACUAUUUUCAAGGAAUGCAUGCUGUUCCAAACGCACAGACAAGCACACAUUCACACAAAUAAGCGAGCAAGCAAGCAAGCAAACAAACAAACAUAAAACAUUCAUACACUUCACUUAUCCAGUGUCCCAAGAAACCAGUAAAGGAAGCUGCCCGAGUCAGGCUUAGGUGUUACAAAUGUAUAUAUAUAUUUUGAUGCGAGUGUCAUAUAUGUGUUACUAAAUGGUGUUUACAUUUCAAUGAAUGAAAUGAGAUGACGAUAUACUUAAGUAAUUUCAUCUGCUUCGUGUUCAUAUUUUAUACAAUCUAAAAAGUAUGAUAAACUUUGAAAUAAAUGUUGUUGUAUA